CAGGCUGCGGGGCGUGUGCAGGCGAGAUUCCACGUGCGCAGGCGGCGGGGGCGUGUGCAGGUGGUGUCUCCCCGCCCCCCAUACACACAUACACGGGCGGGGCUUUUGCGCUCGCCCCCAACGCCUUCCCGCGCUAUAAAGGCAGCGCUCCACGCGCUUCUCUCCAUCACACCUUCUCCUAGCACUUCAAUUCCGGCUUGUCAACGGUCUUCAGCCGCCACCUCCACUCGCCAUGGACCCUAACUGCUCCUGUGCCACAGAUGGAUCCUGCUCCUGCUCUGGGUCUUGCAAAUGCAAAGAGUGCAAAUGCACGUCCUGCAAGAAAAGCUGCUGCUCUUGCUGCCCCGUGGGAUGCUCCAAGUGUGCCCAGGGCUGUGUCUGCAAAGGGGCAUCGGACAAGUGCUCGUGCUGUGCCUGAUGUGAGGACAGUGCCCCCUCCCACGUGUAAAUAGUAUGGACCAACCCAGAGUUUUUCAUGCGGCUCUCUCCUGUUUACUAAACCCCCUUUUCUACAAAAGAUGUGAAUAAAAAGCCAUUUUGAUUCUA